AUGGGGUCCACAACUUUCGACCUCCCUGUUAGAGCGCAGGACGCCUCCGGGACCAGCGAGCCGGUGAAGUUCGGCAAGGAAUUGAGGGAGCAGCACUUCCUCUUCGACCCGUCGUACCGCAACCUGAAUCAUGGUUCUUACGGGACCAUUCCCCGCGCCAUCCAGGCCAAGUUGCGCGAAUUCCAAGACCGCGCCGAGGCCAUGCCGGACCCCUUCAUCCGCUACAAGCGGCGCGACCUACUCGAUGAGUCGCGAGCAGCAGUUGCCGAGCUCCUACGGGUACCCACCGCCACCGUCGUGUUUGUGAACAACGCCACAAUCGGCGUCAACACGGUCCUCCGCAACAUUGUCUGGAACGCGGACGGCAAGGAUGAGAUCCUCUUCUUCGACACCAUCUAUGGCGGCUGCGCCAGGACCAUCGACUACGUUGUCGAAGACCGCCAGGGCGCGGUAUCCUCACGCUGCAUCACACUGUCCUACCCGUGCGAAGACGACGAGGUCGUGGCAGCCUUCCACGCCGGCGUCAAGGCUUCCAUCGACGCGGGCAAGCGGCCCCGGCUGUGCCUUUUCGACGUCGUCUCGUCCCUUCCCGCAGUCCGUUUCCCGUUCGAGGCCAUCACCGCGGCGUGCAGAGAGGCCGGGAUCCUGUCGCUGAUCGACGGCGCGCAGGGCAUCGGCAUGGUCGACCUGGACCUCGGCGCCGUCGACCCUGACUUCUUUGUCAGCAACUGCCACAAGUGGCUGCACGUGCCGCGUGGAUGCGCCGUCUUUUACGUGCCACUGCGCAACCAGCCGCUGAUGCGCUCAACGCUGCCGACGUCGCACGGCUUCGUGCCCAAGGGCCCCAAGACGGUGGGGCAUAACCCGCUGCCGCAGUCCCAGAAGUCGCAAUUUGUGACCAAUUUUGAGUUUGUGGGCACCAUGGACGACGCGCCCUACCUGUGCGUCAAGCACAGCAUUGCGUGGCGGGCGGAGGUGCUCGGCGGCGAGCAGCGGAUUCGCGAGGAGCUGACCCAGUUGGCGCGGAGCGGCGGGAAGAAGGCGGCUGAGAUCCUCGGGACCAAGAUUCUUGACAAUGGCUCGCAGUCGCUCACGCGGUGCUCAAUGGUUAAUGUCGCCCUUCCUCUGGCGGUUGGGCCUGAGGAGGGCAAGCCGCCUCUCGAGGGCGAGCUGGCUGCAUUGCCUGCGAUUCCUCAGAGUGAGACGGCGGCAGCGAUGAAAUGGUUUUUGGAAACACUGAUGGACGAGUACAAGACGUUCGUCGCGUUGUAUGCGUACGGCGGCCGCUGGUGGGCACGAUUGAGCGCCCAAGUGUAUUUGGAGAUGGAUGACUUUGAGUGGGCGGGAAAGACGCUGAAGGAGGUGUGCGAGCGGACAGCCAAGGGCGAAUAUAAGCAGUAA